UGAUCAGUGAUCCACGGAAAGAGCCAAAGAUGUCAGCUCGGUCAUGUGAUCAGCUGUGUCCAAUCACAGCUGAUCACAUGUACACUGAUCAUCAGGGCACUGAUGUGUCCAUCAGUGCCAGCUCUCACUGCUCAUCCAUGCCACAUCAAUGCCACAUAUCAGUGCCCAUCUGAGCCCGCCUUUCAGUGUCACCCAUCAGUGCCUGUCAGUGCUGCCAAUCAGUGCCACGUGUCAGUGUGUAUCAGUGCCGCCUAUCAGUGUCAUGUAUCAGUGCUGCCUUUCAGUGCCCAUCAGUGAUGCCUGUCAAUGCCCAUCAGUGCCACCUACCAGUGCCUCCUCAUCAGUGCCCAUCAGUGCAGCCUCAUUAGCGUACAUCAGU